AUGGACGAAGACAUAGCCUCCCAGGAUGGAAUACCUCCCGAGCCGCUAAUUACCCCCAUAGAGGCCCGGGCACUGGACGAAAAACUGCUGGCUCGGGUGAUCCACUUGAACGUGCUGACGAUUGUGAUCCUGUCCCGGGGAAAGUGCGGUCUCUCUAAAGGAGUCACUCGUUACCUGAUGGCCAUGACAACAGCCGAUCUCCUAGUUGUUAUCUCAGACCUUGUACUGAGGCAGAUUCCGAUUGUUUACUGGGAAACGUUUAUUUUCCUGAGGAUCAUCCCCGUGUGUAAUGUCCACGCCGUAUUACUUUACGCAGCCUACGACUGUUCCGUCUGGUUCACCGUCAUGUUCACCUUUGACCGAUUUGUGGCUAUUCGCUGCCAGAAUCUGAAAUACUGCACUGAGAGAACGGCGGCUGUGGUUCUGGGGACUGUGGCCGUGCUGAGCUGUUUAAAGAACAUUUUCUGGUAUUUUUUGCUCUCAGGGAAAUAUCAGCUUUCUAACAUCCCUUGGUUUUGCACAGCAAGUUCUGCUGUCGAGCUCUCAGUGGCUUGGACAACAGUUGAGUUCAGUAGCCACAUCCUGACGCCUGUGAUCCCGUUUGUGGUCAUUCUGCUACUCAAUGCGUUGACCAUCAGUCAGGUGUUAGUGGCGAGCAGAGCCCGGAAGAGACUCCGGAGUCGCAAUAGUGGAGAUAGUUCCAAAGACCCGGAAAUGGAGAACCGAAGGAAGUCGAUCAUUUUGCUAUUGGUCGUGUCGGCGAAUUUUAUUGUGUUGUGGUUGGUUUUUGUUGUGCACACUGUGUGGAUGCGAUUGUUUUAUUUUAGUUCUGCGCACCCACCUUUGACCAUGUGGGACCUGGGCUACAUGCUCCAGCUACUGAGCUGCUGCACAAACACAGCUCUUUACGUCUUGACCCAGAGAAAGUUCCGGGAGCAGAUGCGGGAGAUGGUGAAAUUUCCAUUCACUUGCAUUAUGAGAGAAACUAUUCGGAAUGAAAUGUAA